UCUAAGCUAAGCCACUAUAUAAGACCACCCUAAACAACUUCUCUUUUACCAAAAACUCGAAAGUCACAGUCACGUCUCACUAUAUAUAGAUCCAAACCGAAAUCAAAUGGCGAUGGAUUCUCGUGUUUUGGUUGGUCUGACAUUGAUCCUUGUAAUCUCGGGAACACUACUAGUUCCAGGGCAAGGAACUUGCCAAGGAGACAUCGAAGGUCUGAUGAAAGAAUGCGCGGUCUACGUGCAGCGUCCAGGCCCAAAGGUAAACCCGUCCGCGGCCUGCUGCAUGGUCGUUAAGAAAUCAGACAUCCCUUGCGCGUGUGGCCGUGUCACAGCUUCAGUGCAGAAAAUGAUAGACAUGGAUAAGGUUGUUCAUGUCACGGCCUUUUGUGGGAAGCCUCUAGCUCAUGGUACCAAGUGUGGAAGUAAGUUACGUUGUGCCAUGAGAUUUGGGACCAGAACUUGGGAGCUAUUAAUGGGUUCUGGAAUGAAUUGUUUUGGCUUGGAGCUGUACGUACUAUUUCCCCAUUAAAGUAUACUCUUGUUGUCUCACUAAAAUCUACUCUUGUUAUCUCUACUGAUGAAAUAAAUAUAUAUAUUCCAAGUUA